AAUAAUCCUCCUCUUAAUAUCCAAUUCCAAAGGCGGAGUGGUUACGCUAACCUUUCUAAUUAUUCUUUGAUGUUGAUCAUGAAUCUUAUCAUUAUCAAUAUAUUCAAAAUAGUAAAGUUUUUGAUCCUCAGUUGACUCAGUCGGUAUAACACGACCUAAUAUGUUUAAUGUAAUCUUUCCAUGUAUAACUUUAAAAUACUCCGUGAAUGAUUGAUGAAACCUAUGUAGGGUUUGUGAAAAUAGUAUAGGGUUAGUGAAAACAGAAUAAUAUAGAGAUGGUGGAAGGUUUAGAAAAGAGAAAUCUAGGGUUUAUUUGGGCACAAACAUCCACGAAUAUAUAAUGGGAACUCACACUUUGUUGUUUCGAGUCCCUGGGUGUCGACUGUGGAGAACCGACAGGUCUAUCGCCGGGAUAUAACGAACCGACAGCUUUCGAAAAAGGAGUUUCUAUUUAUUUAUUUUCAACAAUUUCUCUUGUCUUCUUUUAGAAAAAGGAUAUCUUUCUUCAGCACCGACUCUGAGAAUCAAAAGAGAGAUCUUCAGCUCUGAUCUCUGGGGGCUUUUAAACAACACAUAAACCCUCUCUCACUCAUCAUACCUUCAGACACAGAAUGUGCUGUUUGCAAUGAGAACUUGGUUAUGGAUGACAAGAUGCAGGAAUUGCCCUGCAAGCACUUGUUUCACCCUCCCUGUUUGAUGCCGUGGCUGGACAAACGUAACUCAUGCCCGGUUUGCAGACAUGAACUUCCUACGGAUAAUGAAGCGUAUGAGAGAUGGAAAGAGAGUGAGAAAGAGGUUGAAAUAGCGAGAAGAGAUGCUGCAAAUUCUGUUAUAUGUGGACAACCUUCCGUCUUUUCCACGUAGAACCUGCAACUCGGACAUCUCAUCCACUCUCGAUCCUUAGCCAGGUUAAUCAGCAAAAUGUCAUCUUUC